CCAUCUUUGACACAAUUCAUUGAACAACUAAUUAAUUAAAACCGCUGAGAACUACAACGUUUUAUGAAAUGGACAAUGGCGAACACCAAUAAAAACAAAAAGAAUCAAUCGUAGAACGGGACAGUGCGAUAGCUGUACCAGCUCAACAGAUUCCUACCACGUCAUUCUCUUGGUAACUGUGUUCUUCCAUUACAUCCUUGGUAACCAGACCCCCCAUCAAGUUAAAGUUAGUAGGUCUAAGGUUGAAGAAUUUCUUGGAGCUACUGAGACGAGACCAAGACCAGGCUUGGUCCAACUUGAUAGUGUGUUUGUUCCAGGGGAGUGCGGUCCACGCAAACGCUCAAGAUGCGGGAAAUUAUGCACAUACAGGUCGGCCAAUGCGGCAACCAGAUUGGCUCGAAGUUUUGGGAAGUUAUAUCAGACGAGCAUGGCAUUGACCCAACCGGAAACUACCACGGAGACUCGGACCUCCAGCUAGAGCGCAUCAAUGUGUACUACAACGAAGCCGCAGGUGGCCGGUACGUCCCCAGAGCAGCGUUGGUUGACCUUGAACCCGGCUCCAUAGAUUGGGUCAGAUCUGGUCGCUUUGGCACUAUUUUCCGCCCCGACAAUUUUGUCUCGGGUAAAGGAGGUGCCGCAAAUAACUGGGCCAAAGGCCACUACACAGACGGUGCCGAGCUGGUAGACAACAUCAUGGAGAUCGUCCGCAAAGAGUCCGAGCACUGUGACUGUCUCCAGGGCUUCCAGCUGACCCACUCGCUGGGGGGUGGCACCGGCUCGGGUCUUGGGACUCUGAUCAUCAGCAAAGUCCGUGAGGAGUACCCUGACAGGAUCAUGUGCUCAUACUCCGUGGUCCCUUCACCCAAGGUCUCCGACACCGUAGUAGAGCCCUACAACUGUACCCUUGCCAUUCACCUCCUGGUCGAGAACACCGAUGAGACCUACAUCAUCGACAACGAAGCUCUCUACGACAUUUGCUUUCACACCCUCCGCCUCUCCACCCCCACCAACGGCGACUUAAACCACCUGGUGUCUGCGACCAUGUCUGGCAUCACCACCUGUCUCCGAUUCCCCGGCCAGCUGAACGCUGACCUCCGUAAACUAGCCGUCAACAUGGUGCCAUUCCCCCGCCUGCAUUUCUUCAUGACGGGAUUCGCACCUUUAACCUCCCGCGGCAGCCAGUGGUACCGUAACCUGACGGUUCCAGAGCUGACCCAGCAGAUGUUCGAUGCCAAGAACAUGAUGGCGGCGUGCGACCCACGUCACGGUCGUUACCUGACUGCGGCGACCGUGUUCAGAGGGAAGAUGUCCAUGAAGGAAGUGGACGAGCAGAUGUUGAACGUCCAGAACAAGAACAGCCGCUACUUCGUAGAGUGGAUCCCCAACAACGUCAAGACCGCUGUCUGCGAUAUCCCGCCCCGGGGGCUCAAAAUGUCGGCAAUUUUCAUGGGGAACAACACAGCGAUGCAAGAACCAUUCAAGCGUGUUGGGGAACAAUUCUCAGCCAUGUUCCGUCGUCGUGCUUUCUUGCACUGGUACACAGGUGAAGGCAUGGAUGAGAUGGAAUUCACAGAAGCCGAGUCCAACAUGAGCGAUCUAGUCUCCGAGUACCAGCAAUACGAGGAGGCUACAGUGGAGGACGGCAUCAACUUUUAUGAAGAGGAGGAAGAGGAGGCAUAAAUCAAUACCUCCCCAACGCCCACACCUUUGCGCCUUACAUGCAUAGCUUGACCAGAGUGACCAUUGUCCAUCUCGUAGCUAUUGCUACCCAUUACAGUCCAUCAUAGAAAGAGCCAUAGUAUACCAUCGUUGAAAACUUUAACAUCUUGAAGUGACUUUGAUUUUUAAGAAAAAUAUAAAAGAACGCAACAUCAAUUAUUUCGUUUCGCUCCUAGACAGAAUAUUACGAUUCAUCUUUUUUGAAAAACCAACUACUUAACCUCAUGAAGCCUGCUGUAUAGUUUACAUCUAUUAUACUAAUGUUACCAGAAACGAAACCAAAAAAAAAUUCAGCCAACCCAAGCAGUGAUGUAAUGCUUUCAAACUUUGUUUACUUGUUUUCCCCCACCUGUCGUGGAUACAAUAAAAACAUGGCAAGACAACAACCCGCCCCGAAUGUUAAUAAAUUUAUUAUUUCAAUUUUGGUCUUGAUCAUGUCUUAAACCUGAGGAUGGUCGUGAGUUCAAAUAAAAAUCAUUUUUAGCUUCA